UGACGUAGCAGACAGGAAGAUCGAUAGAAAAACGAAAAUAACGAUGUAUUGAAAUGUGAAAAUAUUGAGUUUUGAAGUAUAUGUAUAAAUCUCUGAGUAUUGAAAGUCCUUGUAAUUGGUAACAAUGUAUAAUGGUAUAGGGUUAACAACUGCCAGAGGUAGCGGUACCAAUGCUUACGUUCAGAAAAAUCUCUCCUUUGUCAGAAACCACAAAGACAGGGUAGACUACAAGUCAGAGGAAGAACUGAAAAAGUUGGAACAGUCCAUGAUAAAACAGCCAAAUAAGGAGAUACUUGAUCAUGAUCGUAAACGAAAAGUGGAACUGAAAUGUCUGGAAAUGCAAGAAUUGAUGGAAGAACAAGGGUAUUCACAAGAUGAAAUUGAAAAGAAAGUGUCCAUGUUUAGAACCAUGUUGAUCAAUAAAGAAGGUGUGACUGAGGGAGCACUUGACAAAGAUGAACAUGGACGACCAAUAGCAAAAGAAACUCAUCAGAUUGCUGAGGCAAACCAAGAGAAAAACAAAAGAUUGAAGGAAGCCUUUGGUAUUAGUGAAUAUUAUGUUGAUGGCUCAUCAUUGGAUCCUAACAGAAAGGCAAAGGAAGAGGAGGCAAAGGCUGUGGCUAUGGCACAGAAAAAAUAUGCAAUUGUUAGAGAUUCUAGUUCAUCGGAAAGAUCUGUUUCCCCCACACCAAAGAAAAAGAAGAAAACAAAAUCAAGGGAAGAUAGUUCAGACAGAGAAAGUCGGAGAGAGAGAAAGAAGCACAAGAGUAAGAAACACAAACAUGAUCGUUCUGAAUCUAAAAAGUCGAGAAAUAAACAUAAGAAGAGAAGGAGUAAGAGGAGAGGAAAGAAACGCAAGCGAUCUGGUACCCCUAGUUCUGUGGUUUCGGGAGGCAGCUUAUCAGAUCAUGACAGUUCUUCAGAUGAGGAUAUAAACCAAAAUAACAAAACUACAGUAAACAAACAACGAGAGGAGAGCAUAGAUGACAGAAAAUCUCCAUCAUCUGAAGGCAAACAAAAAAGGCAAAGGUCAAGGUCAUCAAGGAGGUCAUCUUCUAGGUCAACAACAAGAUCCCACAGCCCAAGAAAGAAACAUAAAGAAAAUGGAAACAAGCAUAGACAUGACAGAAGCUCUGUUGAAAGAUCUCCAGCCAGUCACAGAUCUCUAUCCAUUACCAAGAAGAAAUCAAACAGUAGAUCUAUAAGUUAUUCUCCAGAAUCAAGGUCAAAGAGAAAAUCAUCUUCUAGACGAUCCAGACAUUCAAGACAUCACAGUAGAACUAGCUCAAGAAGUCGCUCAUCAAGGUCAGGGUGUUCUGUUUCCAGGUCUAGGUCAAGAAGCAGAAGUUAUUCAGCUAAAAGACACAGUAGAAGCUCAUCUAGAUCAAGGUCAAGAAGUUACUCCAGAGGUCGUCAUCAUAGUUACUCACGGAGUCGUUCUCGUGAAAGAAGCACUUCCAUUAGACGUAGACGUGGUUCACCAAGUCAUUUAGACAGAAGAAGAAUAACCAGUGCCAGAAAGCGUCCUGUACCAUACUAUAGACCAAGCCCUCCAUCUCCCAGUUCUAUAAGUAGUGAUGACUCAUAUUACAGAUACAGGAAGUCACGGAAGGGUUCACGAUACCGUAGUCUCAGCCGUAGUGUACCACUCCGACGGAAAAGAAGUUGGAGUCGGACAUCAGACUGAUUGAUAGAAAUCUUCAAAUAAUCAUGUUGUCUUUCAUCAGCUUGUAUCUGUGUUAAACUUUGAUUUUAUGCAAUAAUUUAUGUUCUAAUAGCGUACAAAUUGUAAGGGUCAUUUUAGAGACAAUAAUCUACUCUAGGUCAAAUAAACUCACAUUCUCUAUGAUAUAUAUUUGAAACAACAAAUUUUAAUAAGUUUAAUUACAUAUAUUUAUAACUGGAUCUUACACAUUUUGAAUUUGUAAUGGUUGUUUAAAAUUCAUGAAAAAUGAUAUGAUUUAAACUCAUAUUUUGACAAUCAAUGCAUUUCUGCAUUUCAAAAUUGUCCCUUGCCUUCACACCAUUCUACUUCAAAGUAUUCAAAUUUCAGUGAAAUAAUAUCCUUUCCUAAAUGAAAGGAAAUCAAAUGGUCAAGGUUCUUCUUUUUGUUUGGACUAAUGCUACUUAAGCCUAUAAGUAUAAAUGGUAUAUGAUUUCAGUUAUGUUUUAAGAAAUGUUUUCCAUUUGCCAAAAUGCAUUAUUAAUAGCUCAAAAUGUUUUAAUUCUCAAAGUACAAACUAUGGUAUGAUUUAUUUUCAAAAUAUUUCUGAUAUUAACCUUCUUGGAAUUUGAUAACAGGUAUACCUUCUUUUCAUGUUUAGUCAUAUACACUUUCAUUUCAUGUAGAUUACAAGCCUAUUAUACAAGAAUUAAUCUUUUUAUUUGUGAAUAUUUGCAGACAUUAAUGUUAGAAUAUACAGAUCAUAUUUAGAAGGUUCCACUGAUUUGAGCUAAUAUUUUUGAAAUACUGAGUUAUUUUUUGACUGUGUUCAUCAAAUCACUUUAUUACAAUUGUCUGGAUUUGUUGAAUAAAUCUCCCGAAUUAUUGUCUUGAACUCAGAUUAAAGUCAGAGGAUAGUAUACCUAAGUGCACUGCAGCACAUUUGUAUUUAAACUGGUUUGGAUUUUUUUAAAGAAAAAUUGAGCACUUGGAAGUUAAAUAUUUAUUGAAAUCCAUGCUUGAUUCUGUAGUCUGAUCAAAAAUCCUGUACAUUCCAUAUCAUUGACAAUAAUAUUCAGUGUUUUAUAUAUAUCAACUAUUCAGUAUUUGUAUUUUUUUCUAGUCAUUCCACUAACUUUUAUAACUUAGUUAUUUUUACCUGUAUAGUAUUGUUAUUUUAUUUAUUUUUGGCACAUGUUGUGGGUAUUUUACAUAAUUGUUGAUAUUAAUUUUUACAUGUUGAUUUUAUCUUGCUCAUGUAUUUUUUAUGUUAAAAAUAGAUCUAUUUAAUACAUUCCAGAAACAUGUUUAAUCUUCCAUGAUCAAUAUAGUUUUAUAUAAAUUGGAAAACAUCUGAAAAAGUAUGAAAUAUGUAUGGGAAAAAAUUACAUUUUUUUCAAUUUGGUGUAUUCAAGACUUUUAUUCUUAUCACAUGAUGUUAUUUUUGGUCCGAGGGGGAUAACUCCCACAUGUUUCUUAUAAGAAAUGUACAAGGCUAUAGUUGUGGAAUAUAUAAUACUAGUAGAUCACUUUAACUAGUAUAAUUUUAUUAUUUAGUUGUAUGGGAAUUCCAAGAAUAGUUUUAACAGUAAAAAUUGAUUUACAAUUUACAAAUAAUAUUAUGUGACUACAUUGAAUGUACAGAGUCAUCUUUCAUUUCACAUGUCAUGCAUUUUUAUAAGCAUGAAAAUAAAAUGUUUUAAAUGAAAAAUAAAAAAAGUUGUUGAUA